AUGGCAAUAGAUCCAACUCCAUUACCUGAGUCUGCUCCUUCUUGGUUCACUCCCAAAAGGUUGCUUGUGUUUUUCUGUGCGAUCAACAUGAUAAAUUAUAUAGAUCGAGGAGCAAUUUCCACUAAUGGUGUAAAUGGGAGCCCUAGAACUUGUUCAGAGAUUAAUGUGUGUUCAGAUGGUAGCGGAAUUCAGGGUGAUUUCGAUCUAAGCAAUUUUAAAGAUGGUAUUCUAGCUUCUGCUUUCAUGGUUGGACUUCUUAUUGCAUCUCCAAUAUUUGCAUCCUUAGCCAAAAGCAUUAAUCCUUUUAGACUUAUUGGAGUUGGAUUGUCGGUGUGGACACUUGCUACAAUUGGUUGUGGGUUUUCGGUUGAUUUUUGGUCGAUCACUAUCUGUCGAAUGUUAGUUGGUGUUGGUGAAGCCUCUUAUAUAGGUCUUGCAGCUCCAUUGAUUGUUGAGAAUGCUCCAGUAUCUCAGAGAACCUUGUGGCUGGGAAUAUUCCAUAUUAGCGUACCUGCUGGAGUUGCUAUUGGUGAUGUCUAUGGUGGAUUGGUUGGAAGUGGUUUAGGUUGGCGCUAUGCAUUUUUUGGCGAAGCAAUUCUAAUGCUUCCAUUUGCUAUUUUGGGUUAUGUAAUGAAACCUUUGCAAAUGAAAGGCAUGUCAAAUGCAAAAAUCAUCCCAUGGUUCUUAAAUGAAGAGUUCUCAAAGAAAGAUUACAGCUAUGUUUCAUAUACAUUAAAUCAGUUAUCAAGAUUUGGGCAAGAUAUGAAGGCUCUUUUGAGUGAGAAAGUAUAUGUUGUAAAUGUUCUAGGUUACAUAGUGUAUAAUUUCGUCUUUGGUGUAUAUUCAUAUUGGGGCCUAAAAGUUGGUUAUAACAUAUACCAAGUGGACAAUAUUGAUUUAUUAUUUGGAGGAAUCAUAAGUGUUGGUGGAAUUGUGGGGACAAUAGGAGGAAGUCUUAUUUUGGAUCGCAUAAAUUCCACAAUCCCCAAUGCUUUUAAGUUACUUUCCAUAGCAAUAUUUUUUGGAGCAAUAUUUUGCUUUAGUGCCUUUUGUUUCAGCAACAUAUACGUUUUCUUGGUUCUCAUUUUAAUUGGGGAGAUUCUUGUUGAUGCCAGUCAGGGUCCGGUGAAUCUUGUGUGUCUCAAUUCUGUUAAACCAAGUUUACGACCAUUAGCAAUGGCAAUAUCUACUGUGUCAAUUCACAUCUUUGGUGACGUGCCCUCCCCCCCACUUUUUGGAAUCCUACAGGACAAAGUUGAUAACUGGAGGACAUCUAUUUUGAUCUCAACGUCAAUAUUGUUUUUGGCAGCCGGAAUAUGGUUUAUAGGUAUCUUUCUUCAUAGUGUCGAUAGAUAUGAAGAAGAUAGCGAGCAGCCAGAUAUGUCACAUUUGCUUGAAUCUGAGGUGGCUAAUGGAGAUAUUACUUCUGCUUUAUUAUGAAAAAGGAAAGAUGAAAAGAUUAAUGGAGUUGACACGUGAUAUACUAAUACCGGAUAUAUAAAAUAUCUAUAGUUUUUUCUCUGUUUUUUAUACCAAUAAAGAUGAAAAGCUACUUGGUCAUAGACUAAGGAAAUAUGUAUUUAAGAUAUUUAAAAGAGUGAUUAAUAUUUAUAGCUCUAAUAAAAUGCGGCUACUUUCAUCAACAA